AUGAGGCUGAUGCUGGGCCUCGCCCUGGCUCUCGCCCUCUGCGCGCCGGGCCGCGCUGCCCUUCUCCGCUCCGGCGCGGACGCCGAGGGGAAGCGAGCCGUGGCUGGCACCAGCUUGCGCGCGAAGGUGGGCUACAUGGUGCAGGACAUGCUGCGGAGCAGGGACACCACAACUCGGCACAUCGCGCAUAAGCUGCACAAGAAGAUGAAGCUGAGCGAGCGCUGCCAUGCUGAGGACAAGUGCCAAGGAGGUGAAGGCCCUGCUGCCCACCUGUACAACGGGGGGCAGGCGGCGGGCAGUUCAGCGAGGAAUAACGCGUACGAACUGUCGCUGCGCCAGGAUGGACCAGGAUGUCUUCCACCCGCCAUCCUGCAGCUGUCCAAGUGCCCCAACGCCUACGGAGACGACACGUACUCCCUCGCACAGUUCCAGAUCUGCGACACGGACAACGGCACCCAGGUGGAGGUGAGCGACGCCGCUCUGGCAGCGAAAUUGAAUCGGUCGCCGCGGGUGCAGAAGGUGCUCCAGGAAGUGCUGGGGGCGGCUAGCUCGGGGGCGCCCUCGCUGCUGCAGAUCGAUCAGGCGCCCCCGCCGCAGUCGGUUAAGCAGCCGAAGGGCGGCUCGAGGAAGUGCCUCAACGGCCAGGUCAACUGCGGCUACCUCCACGACCUCAUGGCGCUCGAGUGGGGCAAGUUUAAGGACCUGGUGGACGAGCUGACGUACAUCAUGCAACGUAAUCGCGACGCCUACGAGGGCGAGAAGGAGAACAUGAACGAGCAGAUUGCGACACUGAGAUCGAACAAGAUGAAGUUUACGGAGAUGCUGGGCGAGUCCAUCUCCGAGAUCAAUUCGCUCACGGCGGCGACGCGCGAGAAGCAGCAGCAGCACCGCGACAUCGAGCGCGCCUUCACCAUGAGGAUGGCGAACUGCAAGAAGCGCAUGAGCGAGAUCCUCUACACUAACAUUUGCGGGACCCGGACCGUGCGCAAUGCGUUGAUGCGGUACAGCAGUGUCUCGCCCACGAAUUCGAUUAAGGAUUGCGACGUGACGGACUGGUCCGCGGGGCCAUGCACUACCGACGGGAGGGGCAGCUCCGUACCCGUAGACUGUGACGACAGCUGCCCCGCCGACGUCGGGGGCGUCGACGUCGACGCGUGCGGCGGCAUGAAGCACCUCACCAGGCAGGUCAUCGUCUCCCCGAACUCCUUCGGCAUGGCUUGCCCCCCGCUGUUCUUUGAGCGCAAGAACGGCACCGAGGGCAUGAAGUGCAACCAGUUUCACUGCCCGGUCCACUGCUCCUUGUCCGAGUGGUCCGGUUGGUCGGGCUGCUCCAAGGAGUGCGGGGGCGGCACCCAGGGGAGGACCCGGUCCAUCCUCGUGAAGCCCAAGAACGGGGGGACGGAGUGCGACGCCACGCUCGAGGAGCAGCCGUGCAACACCGGUUCGUGCGACCGCGACUGUACGCUCAUGCCGUGGACCGCGUGGGAGCCGUGCUCGAUGGCCUGCGGUGGCGGCAUCCAGGAGCGCGUGCGCAAGGUGGACAUCCCCAUCCGCGCGAACGGCAAGUGCCCGGGGCAGAAGCACCCCGACCGCUUCCAGAUGCAGGAGUGCAACACCCAGGACUGCGUCGGCGAUGAGAUCUGCAUCGCCAGGCAGGACCUGGUCAUUGCGAUCGACGGCAGCGGCUCCCUCAAGCAGGAGGGUUUCGACAUCCUCCAGAAAUUCGCUCUAAACCUCACCAGCAGGUACCAGAGCACGUACUACGGCGUGGAGGACAUGCGCAUCGGGCUGGUGCUGUUCGGGAAUGGCGAGUACUUCGACAAUGGCACCGUCGCGGCGGCCCUCGAGGUGGUCCCGAUCACAAGCGACCUGGAGUCCGUCAGCACGGCGAUCGCCGGGCUGCAGUGGCAGCGUGGGUUCACCAACAUGAUGCAGGCCCUCCAGGCGGCCGACAACAUGUUCGCGGAGGGCCGGGACGACGCGCAGAGCGCCGUCAUGGUGCUUUCGGACGGCAGGUACACCAACGCGUACCGCACGACCAUGAAGGCGAGGGCGUUGAAGGACAAAGGAGUGCAGAUUUUCAUGGCCCCGAUCGCCGAUAGCUCGACCGAUAGUCUGCUGGUGCUCAGGGGCUGGGCGAGCGAGCCCUGGGAGACCAACUACGAGCGCAUUCCAGGCCUCACGGCGCUCAUCAACAACGAGCCCGAGUUCGCCCAGAAGUUGCUGGUGAAGUUCUGCCCCCGCGCGUUCUCUCCAUCGCAGAAGAUAGAGGAGGAGACACAGCAGGGCUUCCUCAAGAUCCACGAAGAGGGCUACCCCUCCGACAGCUGCGGCGAGUGGAAGAGAAUGCGCAAUGCCGACACCGCCGAGGCUUGCAUGGAGUUGGUGAAGCAGGUGGGGAUUCUGGCAUUUGCGUUCGAGGAAGGGGGCCGCGGGGCAGGCACCUGCUACUCGGAGGCGAUCGACGUCACCGAUGACCUGUGGGCCGAGGCGGUGAACGACCGCGUCAACCUGACAUGCCCUGGGGGUACAUGGGUCUACAACGAGUACGCCUCUACCUACAUCAUGAACCCGAGCAUGUUCGGAGCUCGCGUGCCUUUUCCCAUGACCCUUCAAGUGGCCGUCUUGUUGCCCCAAGUGGCCCUCUCCGACUCGCCCCCCGCGAGCAUCGCAGACAACGAAGCAUAUACCAGGGCCAGUCAGCCUGCAGCGAUGAGGCUGAUGCUGGGCCUCGCCCUGGCUCUCGCCCUCUGCGCGCCGGGCCGCGCUGCCCUUCUCCGCUCCGGCGCGGACGCCGAGGGGAAGCGAGCCGUGGCUGGCACCAGCUUGCGCGCGAAGGUGGGCUACAUGGUGCAGGACAUGCUGCGGAGCAGGGACACCACAACUCGGCACAUCGCGCAUAAGCUGCACAAGAAAAUGAAGCUGAGCGAUGCGCUGCCACUGCUGGAGGACAAGCUGCCCAAGGAUGUGACGUCCCUGCUGCACCUGUCCAACGGGGGGCAGGCGGCCGGGCAGUUCAGCGAGGUGUCGCUAGCGAAAGGCCGCGUGUAUCUGAACAACAUGAUGUACGACGCGUGGCUGCAGCUGGACCAGAUCGAGGUCGAGUGCAAGGAGUUCGAGGAGAGCAACCGCAUGGUCUUCAGCCAGGUGGUGACAGACCUGGAGCACCUGGGCUCGGACCUCGCCGACAAGGAGCGCAUGAAGUCUGAGGCCGAAGGGGGCAUCGCGGACAUGAAGACUCGGAUCAACGACCUGGAGGGCGCCCUGGGGAUCCUGAAGCGGGGCUUCCAGUCAACCCGCGAGAAGAACGCGUACGAACUGUCGCUGCGCCAGGAUGACCAGGAUGUCUUCACCGCCAUCCUGCAGCUGUCCAAGUGUCCCAACGCCUACGGUGACGACACGUACUCCCUCACGCAGUUCCAGAUCUGCGACUCGGACAACGGCACCCGGGUGGAGGUGAGCGACGCCUCCCUGGCGGCGAAAUUGAAUCGGUCGCCGAGGGUGCAGAAGGUGCUCCAGGAAGUCCUGGGGGCCGCAAGCUCCGGGGCGCCCUCGCUGCUGCAGAUCGAUCAGGCGCCCCCGCCGAAGUCGGUCAAGCAGCCGAAGGGCGGCUCGAGGAAGUGCAUCAACGGCCAGGUCAACUGCGGGUACCUCCACGACCUCAUGGCGCUCGAAUGGGGCAAGUUCAAGGACCUGGUGGACGAGCUGACCUACAUCAUGCAGCGCAAUCGCGACGCCUACGAGGGCGAGAAGGAGAACACGAACGAGCAGAUUGCGACGCUGAGGUCGAACAAGAUGAAGUUCACGGAGAUGCUGGGCGAGGCCAUCUCCGAGAUCAAUUCCCUCACGGCGGCGACGCGCGAGAAGCAGCAGCAGCACCGCGACAUCGAGCGUGCCUUUACGAUCAAGAUGGCGGACUGCAAGAAGCGCAUGAGCGAGAUCCUCUACACCAACAUCUGUGGGACCCGGACCGUGCGCAAUGCGCUGAUGCGGUACAGCUCCGUCUCGCCCACGGCGUCGAUCAAGGACUGCGACGUGACGGACUGGUCCGCGGGGCCGUGCACCACCGACGGGAGGGGCAGUUCAGUACCGGUAGACUGCGACGACAGCUGCCCCGCCGACGUCGGGGGCGUCGACGUCGACACGUGCGGCGGCAUGAAGCACCUCACCAGGCAGGUCAUCGUCUCCCCGAACUCCUUCGGCAUGGCCUGCCCCCCUCUGUUCUUCGAGCGCAAGAAUGGCACCGAGGGCAUGAAGUGCAACCAGUUCCACUGCCCGGUCCACUGCUCCAUGUCCGAGUGGUCUGGCUGGUCGGGCUGCUCCAAGGAGUGCGGGGGCGGCACCCAGGGAAAGACCCGGUCCAUCCUCGUGAAGCCCAAGAACGGAGGGACGGAGUGCGACACCACGCUCGAGGAGCAGCCGUGCAACACCGGUUCAUGCGACCGCGACUGCACGCUCAUGCCGUGGACCGCGUGGGAGCCUUGCUCGAUGGCCUGCGGCGGCGGCAUCCAGGAGCGCGUGCGCAAGGUGGACAUCCCCAUUCGCGCGAACGGCAGGUGCCCCGGGCAGAAGCACCCCGACCGCUUCCAGAUGCAGCAGUGCAACACCCAGGACUGCGUCGGCGACGAGAUCUGCAUCGCCAGGCAGGACCUCGUCAUUGCGAUCGACGGCAGCGGCUCCCUGAAGCAGGAGGGCUUCGACAUCCUCCAGAAGUUCGCUCUGAACCUCACCAGCAAGUACCAGAGCACGUACUACGGCGUGGAGGACAUGCGCAUUGGGCUGGUGCUGUUCGGAAAUGGCGAGUACUUCGACAAUGGAACCGUCGCGGCGGCCCUCGAGGUGGUCCCGAUCACGAGCGACCUGGAGUCCGUCAGCACGGCGAUCGCUGGGCUGCAGUGGCAGCGUGGGUUCACCAACAUGAUGCAGGCCCUCCAGGCGGCCGACAACAUGUUCGCAGACGGCCGAGACGACGCGCAGAGCGCCGUCAUGGUGCUUUCGGACGGCAAGUACACCAACGCGUACCGCACGACCAUGAAGGCGACGGCGUUGAAGGACAAGGGCGUGCAGAUCUUCAUGGCCCCGAUCGCCGAGAGCUCGACGAACAGUCUACUUGUGCUCAGGGGCUGGGCGAGCGAGCCCUGGGAGACCAACUACGAGCGCAUCCCGGGCCUCACGGCGCUCAUCAACAACGAGCCCGAGUUUGCCCAGAAGCUGCUGGUGAAGUUCUGCCCCGCCCGUUCUCCCAUGCAGACGGCGGAGAGGAUGCGCAGCAGGUGUGGGGGUCCUGGAUCAUGCUACCUCAGAUCCACUGGAGGCGGGCUACCCCUCCGACAGCCUUGCGGCGAGUGGAAGAAAAUGCGCACUGCCGACACUGCCGAGGCGUGCAUGGAGUUGGUGAAGGAGGUGGGGAUCCUGGCCUUCGCGUUCCAGGACGGGGGCCGUGGGGCAGGCUCCUGCUUCUCGGAGGCGAUCGACGUCACCGACGACCUGUGGGCCGAGGCGCUGAACGACCGCGUCAACAUGACGUGCCCGGGCGGCUCUUGGGCCUACAACGAGUACACCUCCACCUACAUCAUGAACCCGAGCAUGUUCGGAGACCUCUUCGACGAGAGCCAGGGCACCACGGGCACGGUGGGUGUCUUCGCCGGUGACAGGGCCAGUCAGCCUGCAGCGAUGAGGCUGAUGCUGGGCCUCGCCCUGGCUCUCGCCCUCUGCGCGCCGGGCCGCGCUGCCCUUCUCCGCUCCGGCGCGGACGCCGAGGGGAAGCGAGCCGUGGCUGGCACCAGCUUGCGCGCGAAGGUGGGCUACAUGGUGCAGGACAUGCUGCGGAGCAAGGACAUCACAACUCGGCACAUCGCGCAUAAGCUGCACAAGAAGAUGAAGCUGAGCGAUGCGCUGCCACUGCUGGAGGACAAGCUGCCCAAGGAUGUGACGUCCCUGCUGCACCUGUCCAACGGGGGGCAGGCGGCCGGGCAGUUCAGCGAGGCUGCAGCAAGAGUCUCCAUCCCGGUGGUGACGGGGGAGACCUGGAGCACUGGGGCUCGACCUUCGCCGCCAGAGCGCAUAAGGCUUGGCGAGGGGGGCAUUGCGGACAUGAACACUCGGAUCAACGACCUUGAGAGUGCCCUGGGGAUUCUGAAGCGGGGCUUCCAGACAACCCGUGAGAAGAACGCGUACGAGCUGUCGCUGCGCCAGGACGACCAGGAUGUCUUCACUGCCAUCCUGCAGCUGUCCAAGUGUCCCAACGCUUACGGUGACGACACGUACUCUCUCGUCCAGUUCCAGAUCUGCGACACGGACAACGGCACCCAGGUGGAGGUGAGCGACGCCGCUCUGGCAGCGAAAUUGAAUCGGUCGCCGCGGGUGCAGAAGGUGCUCCAGGAAGUGCUGGGGGCGGCUAGCUCGGGGGCGCCCUCGCUGCUGCAGAUCGAUCAGGCGCCCCCGCCGCAGUCGGUUAAGCAGCCGAAGGGCGGCUCGAGGAAGUGCCUCAACGGCCAGGUCAACUGCGGCUACCUCCACGACCUCAUGGCGCUCGAGUGGGGCAAGUUUAAGGACCUGGUGGACGAGCUGACGUACAUCAUGCAACGUAAUCGCGACGCCUACGAGGGCGAGAAGGAGAACAUGAACGAGCAGAUUGCGACACUGAGAUCGAACAAGAUGAAGUUUACGGAGAUGCUGGGCGAGUCCAUCUCCGAGAUCAAUUCGCUCACGGCGGCGACGCGCGAGAAGCAGCAGCAGCACCGCGACAUCGAGCGCGCCUUCACCAUGAGGAUGGCGAACUGCAAGAAGCGCAUGAGCGAGAUCCUCUACACUAACAUUUGCGGGACCCGGACCGUGCGCAAUGCGUUGAUGCGGUACAGCAGUGUCUCGCCCACGAAUUCGAUUAAGGAUUGCGACGUGACGGACUGGUCCGCGGGGCCAUGCACUACCGACGGGAGGGGCAGCUCCGUACCCGUAGACUGUGACGACAGCUGCCCCGCCGACGUCGGGGGCGUCGACGUCGACGCGUGCGGCGGCAUGAAGCACCUCACCAGGCAGGUCAUCGUCUCCCCGAACUCCUUCGGCAUGGCUUGCCCCCCGCUGUUCUUUGAGCGCAAGAACGGCACCGAGGGCAUGAAGUGCAACCAGUUUCACUGCCCGGUCCACUGCUCCUUGUCCGAGUGGUCCGGUUGGUCGGGCUGCUCCAAGGAGUGCGGGGGCGGCACCCAGGGGAGGACCCGGUCCAUCCUCGUGAAGCCCAAGAACGGGGGGACGGAGUGCGACGCCACGCUCGAGGAGCAGCCGUGCAACACCGGUUCGUGCGACCGCGACUGUACGCUCAUGCCGUGGACCGCGUGGGAGCCGUGCUCGAUGGCCUGCGGUGGCGGCAUCCAGGAGCGCGUGCGCAAGGUGGACAUCCCCAUCCGCGCGAACGGCAAGUGCCCGGGGCAGAAGCACCCCGACCGCUUCCAGAUGCAGGAGUGCAACACCCAGGACUGCGUCGGCGACGAGAUCUGCAUCGCCAGGCAGGACCUCGUCAUUGCGAUCGACGGCAGCGGCUCCCUGAAGCAGGAGGGCUUCGACAUCCUCCAGAAGUUCGCUCUGAACCUCACCAGCAAGUACCAGAGCACGUACUACGGCGUGGAGGACAUGCGCAUUGGGCUGGUGCUGUUCGGAAAUGGCGAGUACUUCGACAAUGGAACCGUCGCGGCGGCCCUCGAGGUGGUCCCGAUCACGAGCGACCUGGAGUCCGUCAGCACGGCGAUCGCUGGGCUGCAGUGGCAGCGUGGGUUCACCAACAUGAUGCAGGCCCUCCAGGCGGCCGACAACAUGUUCGCAGACGGCCGAGACGACGCGCAGAGCGCCGUCAUGGUGCUUUCGGACGGCAAGUACACCAACGCGUACCGCACGACCAUGAAGGCGACGGCGUUGAAGGACAAGGGCGUGCAGAUCUUCAUGGCCCCGAUCGCCGAGAGCUCGACGAACAGUCUACUGGUGCUCAGGGGCUGGGCGAGCGAGCCCUGGGAGACCAACUACGAGCGCAUCCCGGGCCUCACGGCGCUCAUCAACAACGAGCCCGAGUUUGCCCAGAAGCUGCUGGCGCAGCAGGGCUACCUCAAGAUCCACGAGGAGGGCUACCCCUCCGACAGCUGCGGCGAGUGGAAGAGAAUGCGCACUGCCGACACCGCCGAGGCGUGCAUGGAGUUUGUGAAGGAGGUGGGGCUCCUGGCCUUCGCGUUCCAGGACGGGGGCCGUGGGGCAGGCUCCUGCUUCUCGGAGGCGAUCGACGUCACCGACGACCUGUGGGCCGAGGCGCUGAACGACCGCGUCAACAUGACGUGCCCAGGCGGCUCUUGGGUCUACAACGAGUACACCUCCACCUACAUCAUGAACCCGAGCAUGUUCGGAGACCUCUUCGACGAGAGCUCCUGA